CAAUUCCCAUCGAGCGAGGCAGCGAGACGCGCUCGCUGCGCUAGCCCCUCGGCAUCCACUCCCGCUGGCUCCGGCUAGGUGAGGCUCGGCCUGUUGGAGAAUGGCGGCGGCAACGCUGCGAUGGGUAGUCCAAAUGCACCGGGACGUGCCGCGGGCAGCGCGCUUUUAUGCGGAGGGGCUCGAUUUCAGCGUCAACGUCUGCACGCUCCGUUUUGCAGAGCUGCAAUCUGGGCCGCUCAAGCUCGCACUCAUGCACACCAAUGACAGUACCCUUGCAACACAGAGAGCCUAUUCUUCAAUGCUGUCCUUCACCGUACCGGACAUAAGCAGUACGGUAACAAAGUUAAUGGCUCUGGGAGCUGAGUUGGAUGGUCCCAUCAAAUAUGAGAUCCAUGGAAAAGUUGCAGCCUUACGAUGCAUCGACGGACACGUGCUAGGUCUUUACGAGCCAGCCUGAAGAACCUAUUGCACAGUGCACGCGAUGAGAAGUCAUUUUAGCCGCUUGCAGAUUAGAGACACUAUAUGAGCUUAAUAAUCGUGGAAAGGAGAUGUUUUGCCAUGGCAACUGACUCGGUGUACAAUAUCUGGAUGUUAGGUGUGUGUGGGGAAUUAGGAUGUCAGUGUGCUGCUAACUGUUUAGCUCAUAUUGCCGGUGGUGAAGCACAUUUUUGUCACAACCAGCUGCCCAGCAGCUAGGAUGAAACUAUCUUUAGUGGUAGUGCUUGAUCGAUAAUCAUAGCCUUGACUAUAAUUAGUGUAGCAAGUAAACUUUUCCUCAUAUUUCAGUUUUUUAAUGUAUUGGAUGGAUAUUCUGUGCCGGAUAAAAGUCUUUUAUCUGUCUA